CCAAUCAAAUUAAAUAGCUUUUAAAUUUGACUAAUUUGAGUUUUCUUCUUAUUUCUCACAGCUUUAACAUGCCAUCCUGCACAUCUACUCUCCCUCUGCUCUUAGUGAGCACUACAAUCAUUGCUGUGGUGGAAUCGCCUCAAACUCCAGCUGAACCUGUUGUGAAGGUGAAGGUCCAUGACUCUGCUGCUCUCUCCUGCUCUAAGAGAUGUUCUGGAGCAGUUCAAUGGACUCUUUUCAGUAAAGGCAAAGAUCCUCUGGCUGAGUGUGAUCAGACUUCCUGCAGAUCAGUGAAGGAGGGAUAUCAGAUGAUCUUUAAUCAAUACCUGCAGGGGAAUCUCUCUCUGAUCAUCACUGAUGUUGAUUUCAGUAAGAGAGGGCUGUAUGUCUGUAACUGUGAUAAUAGAGAUCUCUGUGAAGUUCAGCUUCAGAUUGAGACCUUAAUGAGUGAAGUCCAAAUAACCUCUGGAGAAUCUCUGGUGAUGAUGAUGCACAUAUCAGAUGAAGUGGAGGUGAUUUAUCGCAGCAGAGAAGAUGCUGAACAGUCCAGUGUUCAGAUCUGUUCAGUGAAUGGAGAAUCACUAAAGUUCAACCCUGAAUUCACACACAGAACAUCUCUAUCAUCUGCUCUGGAGCUGAGAGGGGGAAAGGUCUCAGACAGUGGGGUUUAUACUGUACGAGACACCAGGAAUGACGAGGUCCUCCAUAUCUACACAGUUACCUUCCACAGUGAUUCUAAAGCUCAGGAUCAGAUCCAGAAGCCCAGUGAUCUCAAAUGCAAUGCGGUACAAGUGUGGAUGGUGUUACUGCUGGUGCUGCUGUUGGCUGUGUGUCUGGUAUUAGUGGGGGUGAUCGUGUGGCUGUACAGAAAAAAUCAGCACCUCAACAACAAUUGCCUCCAGAUGUCAGCCGCGCAGAACAACGCGUGA